AUGAACUGCAGCCCUAAUGUAGUGCAGAAUGAGAGAUCACCCCUAAAAAGAGAUUUCUUCUUUAGCAAAGAAAAAAAACAUCAGAAUAGAGAAGGGUAUUUUUCAUGCCUUCAGAGUGAAAACAGUAAGCCUUCAAGGGAAAGAAAGUGGAAUAUUGGUAGACGGUCUAGAAAAAAGUUGCAGAUUGAGGAAACAGCAGUCCAGAAUGUUCUCACAGACAUGGCUAACAAAUGCAGUGAAUAUUGCUUUAAGAAGACAUCUGAGCUCUCCGUACUUGCAAAAGGAGAAAAUUCAAGCAGCGUGACACCACAAGAUUAUUCUGCUACCUCGGGUAUCCUGGGAGUGCUAACUCAGGUCAGUGAUGUUUCUAAUUGUCAGGAAAGCGUGUCAGAUGAAAAACUGAAUAAAGCUAGUAAGAAAUUGGAACGUUCUACCUGUCAAAGAACAAUACCAAUGACUGGUAAAAAUGUUUGGCCUCUGGAAUCAUGUGCAAGAACUUCUGAAUGGUUUCAUAAAAACCACAGGUCCAUCUCAAAAGGAGAAAAACUUUUAAGUUCUGGCUUCGAGGAAUCCUCUGAUAAGAGCACGAUGGAAGCUGUAGGAGACAGUGCUCUGACUAGCGAUUUGAGGCAGUUGGAUCCUCAUACAUCAUCAGCAGAAAUUAGCAAACAAGCUGCACAUAAAAUAACGGAUCUGAAUACGGAAUGUCCAACUUCACUUGAAACUCCAGAAUCCUCUUCCUUGGAUGUUUUUGGGACUUUGAGAGUAAGUAGCAUUGAAAAUCUGGAUUCGUCAGUUAACGCAAGUAGAAGUUCCAUGGCUUUUAACCGUGAUGAUGUGCAAGAAGUUAAAGCAACUUGGAAUUCUACGACAAAACAAAAAGAUAAAAGUAAAGGAGCUAUAACAAAAAGAAACCCCUUUUUGGCAGUCCAGAAUGCUACAUCUAUGGAUAACAAUAGUAGAAUAAACUUUAGCCAGAAAGCAUCAGUUGUGAAGCAAACACUUUCUGAUUUAAAACUAAUGAAAGCAUUAAACACUGGAAACCUGUCAAAUUUCAAAAUUCCUUUACGCAAAAACAAACCUGAAUCUAGAAAGUUGGAAGCUGUUCUUUCAUUUGAAAGAAAACCCUGCAGUCCACUAGAAGUUCUGGACAAUGCUAGUGUUUCAAGAAGGCCGAAAAGAGACGAAGAAACGUUUAUGGUAAAUUCUGAGCAGCCUCUUUCUGUCGUAACUGAUGUCUCAUCUACAGCUUGCAUGAAGAAAAAAGCUGAUGAUAUCCACAGCAAGGACUUUGAGCAUGAUGGCUCUGAAGACCUUUCAAAUGAGAUGCCUGCGUUCCCUCGACAUGUUUCUUUCUAUCCACAUGCUGUUGUUGAGAGACAGCUGGGGUCAUCCACUUCUGAAUCUCGGACUACUGAAUAUGUGUCAAAAUCUAAUCUUCCUGAUCAUUCUUGGAAUGCAGUUGACCACCCUGUUGCAUUAGAAAUGCACGAUAGCAAAUCAAGCGGGAAUCUUUCACAGCACAGAAGUGAAAACUUCCCAGAUGCUCUUGAAGCUUACAAAGAAGAUAUUCUUGUGAUUGAUGUGAUCCAGGAUGACCCUGACCUUUUUGGAACCAGUGAUGGCGAGGACCCUGCACUCAUGGACUCUGAAAAUUGUCCUCUGAAGAAGUCCUGUAGUAGUAUCUUCAUUGCAGAAGAAAAGCCAGAGUUUAAGCCUCAGUUUCCUGUCAUUUCAGAAAAUAAAGAUUCAGUAGAUCAUUUUAGAGACAGUACGGCACAAGCGUCUGGAAUGAUGAAUGAUACUGAAAAUGCCUGUCAUUUGGUGCUAAAAGAAAGAGCAAGUGUUAUGGACAGAUAUAGCCUCCUGGAGAAAAAGGAGAGACUGAAUUUUCCCUUCAUGAUAGUGAGUGCAUUUGAUGGAGAGAAGUUUUCAAACUUCACUAAUGAAAUUAAAACUCACAAUUCAUCAAGUGGAAGCAGUCCUUUGGGAGGUGUUACUGAGGACUCUUUUGAAGAUGGGCAACUGAGUGACCUAGAUGAACUUCUGAAGGGUUCUGACAUGGAUGAAGAGUUCAAGUUUGCAGAUGGGAUGGCUGGUAUUAAACAAGAAGAAGCAGGUGAAGCUGGAAAAAGAUUUUCAGGAAAAAGUUCUCUACUGCCUUUGCAAAACUAUGGAGAUGCUGAGCCAUGGAAGAUGGAGAAAAAUGUAAAAGCUUCCCAUUCAAUCCAUCAGCUCCUGGAGAUGAUUGAAUUGCCUCGUAAAUAUUGCAGACUUUAUUUCAUGACUUUGCGUGGCUGUGAAAGAGCAAAAUGUUGGUUUUGGCAUGUUCCUGAACAAGGGGAUGAAAAGAUUUGCAUGGCAAUACUUCGGACGUAUAUUACUAUUAAUGAAUUAGGCCUUCUGCAGCGUGCAGCACAAAUAUUUAUAAAGUAUUACAGAGAGGUUAUGCCUGGUGUAGAUUUUGCUUCACAAGUCCUCAAUGAUCUUCUCAUUUCUUUGCUCAAGAACUGUUUGUUUCAAGAAGUAUGUCAGAUAUUGAAUGUUACUGUACUGAUUAAUAUACUGCCAGCUGUUGAUGUUCUUCUGAAAAUUUUUGAGUACAUGGCUUCUUUGAACAUAAGAGAUGCUGUGCCUAUGUUAAUCAGUAUAUUUUGUAAGCUUGUUGAUGCUGGUAUGUUUCUUGAGUUUGAACAUUUUAACUUCAUUAUUAAGUUCCUUCACCAAAUGCAAGUUUCCAGUCAGGAAAUAAAUACUAUUCUGAACAUAAAAUCCAGAUUUCAGGAAAAACACUGUAAAAGGAACUGGCAUUUUGACUUCAAUUUGGCAAUGACUGAAAUUCAGCAUUGCAGGGAAAAAAGCGAUUGGACCAAGUUGGGAAAUCUGUAUAUUGAUUUGAAAACUGGACAUGAACAUUUUGGUGAUGUUCAGAAAUUGUCAUUAUUUAUUGCUGAAAUAUUAACCAGAGAUUCUGAGGAACAAAGACCAGGAGUUCCUUUUUGUGAUUUUGCUGAUGCAGUAAUAAAAAAUUCACAGUGUAGUGAAGCAGACAGAAUUUUCAUUGGAAGAGCUGGGAUAAGUGUAAUGUAUUCUUAUCACAAAGUACUGCAGUGGAUAAAGGGAAGGAAGGUUUUAGAUAAAUUGCAUGAGCUAAAGAUAUACUUUACAGUCUUGAAAGGACUUAUUGGUCCAGAAAAGUCAGCAUCAAGAUGUCAAAUUGUUAAUACUGCUGCAGAAUUUUUUCUUAAAACUGGAAGUUUGGAUGGAGCAACAUGGGUAUUGAGAGAGUCAGGAUGGAUCACAAAUGCACCAGUGUGGCCCUGUGAUAAAAUGGACAUCCUCAAACGACAUAAUCUGUCACGUUCGCUGGUGUACGAAUACUUGAGUAAGAGUUUAUACAGGGAGGCAUUUGAAGUUCUGCAGAACUUACCAGGUUUCCAAAAUUGUUCUGAUACUGUAGAUGUUUCCUGGUACAGCCGCCUUUUUAACAAGCUGAUACAUGCCUGUUUUGAGAGCAAGAACCUUGGGAUCUCAUCUUCUGCAGUAGACUUCAUGCUUUCAAAAAACAUACCUAUUGAUUUUUUUCUGCUUAGAGGAUUAAUCACCAGUUUGGGAAGAAGUUGUUUGUGGAGUAAAGCUAGGACCUAUUACAAGAGUGCUUUGUCAUUGGGUUGCUACCCACUGCUGCAGGGAAAUUUGUAUCACAAACUUCUGCCAAUUCCUUCUUACCUGUCUGAGGUAGAGAUGCUGUUGGCCAUUGAAAUAUUCCUUGUUUCAAAUGCCAGUGAUGUUCAAAGUCUAGGUGCUACCAAUCAGACUCUUCAAAUAAUACUGAAAAGAUGUGAAGAUCCAAAAGGGCAGAGCAAAGACGACUAUCAAACAGCAGUGGAGAGGCUGAUCCUAGCUGCUCGUAUAUCAGAUCCAAAGCUUUUUCUUAAGCAUAUGACAAUGAAUGUUAAUAUGGAAGAAGUUUACAGCUUGGAUCUUACAUCUGCUCUUAAAUGGCUGCAGGAGAAUAUGAAAUGGGCUGGAAGGGUCUGGCUGUUUCAGUAG